AUGCAAUCCCUUUUCCGUACUCGGCGAAUUGACGAGGGCUUUUUGCGACACUCGGAAUGGUCACGGAAAUUGGGAGCCCCGUCGAUGAUCGGAAUUGCGUGGAUGUUCUCGAUUCCUUUGUGCGUCUUCGUUUUGACUCCACACUCCCUAUCGACUCUCUCCGGCCCUUCAACAACACUCGCCAUCAUUCUCGCCUUUAUAGUUUCAAUUAGCACAAUGCUCCACUUGGCCGAGCUAUCAUGCGCGAUGCCGAAGAACUGUAGCCCGUAUCACUUUGCUUUUUCCACCAUUGGCGAGCUGCCCGCUUUCAUAUUUGGUUGGCUCUCUUUGACGCAAUCGGCGACAAUCUCGGCUCUCCUCUGCAACUCGUGGGGAAGACAUAUGAAUCUUCUCACUGGUGGCGCACUUCAUCAAAUUUCGCUCGUCAAAUGGGAGUCGACUCAGCAAAACUCGACAAUUCUUCAACAAUUCCUCGGCGAGCACGUCGACGUGGCGGCUCUCAUAGCGAUCACCCUCGCAUUGCCGAUUCUCUUUUGCUCGCUCACGGUGGUGGGCACAGUGUCGGUCUGUCUCGUGAUCGUCACUUGCCUCAUUCUCUUCUCGUGUUCCCUUGUCGCUUUCUUUCACGCGGACACCCUAAAUUGGAUGAAAACGAGCUUUUUCGCGAAUGGAUAUAAUGGAUUCCUUCGCUCAGCAUCAACCUUUUUGUGCUUGUCGAUCGGUGUGGACACGCUUUCGUCGCUUCUCGAAGAGACGUCUCAUCCUAGGAAAAAAAUUGGCUCAAUGUUCCCUUUACUGACUGUUAUCAUUUCAUUGAUGGUUUUCAUCUUUUCAACGGUCAUUUCCCUGGCAAUCGAUCCUCAACGAAUCACCGAGAGAUCGACGGUGCCCGAGCUUUUUCAGCUCGCAAAUGUUCCGACGGCUAGAUACUUAAUGACGGUAGGGUCGGUGUGUGGCUUGUCGGGUGCAGUUUUCGUCUCGUUUCUGCCCGGCUCUCGAAUUUUCUCUCAACUGACAAAUGACCACCUCCUGCCCCUUCCUCGAGACUCCUCUCAUCGACCAUACACCUCGAUCUUUUUCUAUUCACUUCUCGUCUUUUCUCUUCUCUUUUUCCACCACAAAUUCCUCAUCGAUAUCGCCAUUUUUUGCACGAUUCUAAGAGGGAUUUUUGUGAUUUCUCUCACUCACAUUCAACAUUUCCUACCCGAACCUAUCGGCUUCACUCAUGAGAGUGCUCACUAUAAAAAGAUUCGAAUUGUCUCUCGUGGCUCAAAUUCGAUCGCGAUCACUUCAUCAUUCGCCUCAUCGAUAUCCGAAGCGGCCGUUUUGCAGAUGAAAGUCGCGAAAACGGAAACUGAUAAAUUGCAGAAUCGAUUGGAAAGACGGCUUACUGAAUCGUCACAACUAAUCGGAAUCCCGAAAUCAGUGUCUCAAUAUCAGACGAUUGAACGCAACUCUCGACCCGGGUCGAUUUCCUCGUUCGCCGCCGUGAACAAGGGUCACAAUUGUAUUGAGGAAGCCUGCUCACAUACCGGAUCAUAUGGGUCUGGCCGGGCUCAUUUGUACUCACGAAUCGAUCCCGAUAUCCCAAAUGUUUCUGUGUUCAAUGCGAAAAAUGCUCAUCGACAGUACUUUCCUAUUGAUCCAGUUGAGAAUCAUUUAACUGCGGUGCGGACUCUGAUGCUUUUCCUCAUCCUCUCAACCUUAUUAGCGCUGCUAGUGACGACUUUGGAUUUUAUCCAUGUCUCCUCAAUCGUUCUUUUCAUCUGUUUAUCCACACUGCUAUUGCUCAAUUUGGUGAUCAUUUGUCGACUGCAAACGAACGAUCACAUUUGCAAGCGUCAAGCGAUCACUCCGUAUUUCCCAUACUCAACCUAUUUCACGUUAUUCAUCCUGUGUCUUUUGCUGAGCUCAACGAAAUUUCGCACGCUUUUUUGGGCAAUAAUUUGGACGUUUUCAGGCAUCAUUAUCUACUUUUUAUAUGGAUUCAAAAACAGUACGGAGCGAUAUUCAACGAAUUGUGUCAUUCUUGAAAACACAGAUGCAAGAAGAGCUGAAGAAGAAGAGCAAUGUGAACAAAUUGUUGAUGGAGAACGGAUGACAUCGCUCGAAAGUCAAAACACAUUGAAUAUUGAA